AUGCCGCUUGUGCGAUCACUGUCGGUCAACUUUGGCCAACCUGUCACCAAAGAUACAGCCGGCAAUGCCACAAAGGAGAAUAACUUUAAGACUACAAUGGAAGACGUGACAGAUCUCAUCAAAACACAGCUCAUCCGACCCUAUGAGAAAGAGAUCGACGACCUCAAGGAAGAGAACCGCUCCUUGUCGAACCGUGUGGCGGUACUCGAGCGCCUCUGCUCCGCAAGAGCACCCGAAGUCCAAGAAAUCCGACUUGCUCACGAAGAGAUGGAGAAACUCAAGGACAGGUGCACCGCUCUCAACAACUCGAACAUCGAUCUUGCGGAGCAAAUCAAUGCGCUCAAGAAGGAGAAUGCCUCACUGAAGGGUGACUCGGUCAUCGGCACAAGUGCUUGGUUCAAAGGCAAGCUUGAGGCGGUAGAAGGGGUAAUGCAUGAGAUGAAAAGGGAGUUUGCAUUGCAUGUGAGCGGCCGAGAAGGGAAGAUCAAGAUUCUUGAGAACGAAUUGAAGGAGGAGAAGCAGAGGAAUGAAAGGCGGGCAGAGGGCCUGAGGAAGGUGAAGGAGAUUCUCACUGACAUGGCUAGUUUGGGGAACUGCGUUGAGGGGAUAUUUACGCCCGAACAACUUCCAGCAAUAUGCUCUGAGAAGUGA